CGGGCGGAAGCGACGGGGGGGACGGGCGGCGGGCCCUUCCGGCGGGCUCGCGGGCUGGCUGCGCCUUGCCCCGCCGCCGCCUCCGCCUCCCCCACUCGCCGCUCGCUGCCGCUCGGCGCCUCCAUCCUGGUACUUGGGAGUCUCCAUCCUGGUUUCUCAAGUGCCCGGACCCAAAACAGGAAGUUUGAGUAUGAGCACAGUCAAAGAAGAGUCUGACACAGUGACAAUAGAAACCGUGAACUCUGUGACUUUGACUCAGGACACUGAAGGGAACCUUAUACUUCAUUGCCCUCAAAAUGAAGCUGAUGAAGUAGACUCUGAAGACAGCACUGAACCUCCACACAAGAGGCUUUGCUUAUCAGAGGAUGAUCAAAGCCUUGAUGAUUCCACUCCAUGCAUUUCUGUUGUUGCAGUUCCAAUUUCAGAAAAUGAUCAGAGCUUUGAGGUGACCAUGACUGCUACCACUGAGGUAGCUGAAGAUGAGAUUAACGAAGGAACUGUCACUCAGAUUCAGAUUCUUCAGGAUGAACAACUGGAUGAAAUCUCCCCAAUGGGCAAUGAAGAAGUGUCAGCUGUUAGUCAAGCCUGGUUCACUACUAAAGAGGAUAAGGAUUCUCUAACAAAUAAAGGCCAUAAGUGGAAGCAAGGGAUGUGGUCAAAGGAAGAAAUUGACAUUUUGAUGAGUAACAUUGAGCGUUAUUUAAAGGCCCGUGGAAUAAAAGAUGCCACUGAAAUUAUAUUUGAAAUGUCAAAAGAUGAAAGAAAAGACUUUUACAGGACAAUAGCUUGGGGUCUGAAUCGACCGCUCUUUGCUGUCUAUAGAAGAGUUCUUCGCAUGUAUGAUGACAGAAACCAUGUUGGAAAGUAUACUCCUGAGGAAAUUGAAAAACUUAAAGAGCUGAGAACAAAGCAUGGUAACGAUUGGGCCACAAUAGGAGCUGCACUGGGGAGAAGUGCUUCAUCUGUAAAAGAUAGAUGUCGAUUGAUGAAGGAUACCUGCAACACAGGGAAGUGGACAGAGAAAGAAGAAAGAAGACUAGCAGAAGUAGUACAUGAGCUAACUAGCACGGAACCGGGUGACAUUGUCACACAAGGUGUAUCGUGGGCUGCUGUGGCAGAACGGGUUGGGACGCGCUCUGAAAAGCAAUGCCGCUCUAAAUGGCUCAACUAUCUCAACUGGAAACAAAGUGGGGGCACUGAGUGGACCAAGGAAGAUGAAAUAAAUCUGAUCUUGAGGAUAGCGGAACUUGAAGUUUCUGAUGAAAAUGACAUCAAUUGGGAUUUACUAGCUGAAGGAUGGAGUAGUGUACGCUCACCACAGUGGCUCCGGAGUAAAUGGUGGACCAUUAAAAGACAGAUUGCAAACCACAAAGAUGUUUCAUUCCCUGUGCUGAUAAAAGGUCUUAAACAACUCCAUGAGAACCAGAAAAACAAUCCAGGGCACCUGCUUUCGGAGAACAAGUCUGGAAGUGGAUUACCAAACACAAACUCCAGUUCGGGGGUUCAGCAUGUGCAGAUUCGAGUGGCUCGCUUAGAGGAGAACACAGGCAACACACCAAGCCCUAUGGCAGCUUUGCAGAUUCCAGUCCAGAUUACACAUGUCUCCUCAACCGAUUCCCCUGCUGCUACUGUUGACUCUGAGACAAUAACACUAAACAGUGGAACACUACAGACCUUUGAGAUUCUUCCAUCUUUCCAUCUCCAGCCGACUGGAACACCAGGUACAUACUUACUGCAGACAAGCUCAAGCCAAGGCCUUCCUUUAACACUGACGACUAGUCCUACCAUGACCCUAACGGCUGCUACUGCUCCAGCCUCCCCAGAACAGAUCAUAGUUCAUGCCUUAUCGCCAGAGCAUUUGUUAAAUACAAGUGACAAUGUCACAGUGCAGUGCCACACACCAAGUGUCAUAAUCCGCACUGUUGCUGCUGAAGAUAUCUCCUCGUCUGUCACUCAGGCAGAACUUACUGUUGAUUCAGACAUUCAGUCGGCUGACCUGACAGAUCCUGCCAAUACCCUAGAAACAAAUACUUUCCCAGAUGAUAUCCAUCAGUCCAAGUUGAGUGAUGAAGAACAGUCAGCCUACAAUGAAGAUGAUGCCUCCAAAUUCAGCAGCAAUAGCAGUGAACUGAUGGAUGGAAUUAUAGUAAGAACUGUGGAGGAGAUUUCAGAUGCCAGCCUGAAACAGGAGGAGGAUUCUCACUCUGAUUUACCCAGCACUUACGUUACUGAGGAGCUGGGUUCUCCAACAAUAGAAGAACAAGUUGACCAGCCUACAAUAGAUGAUGAGACUGUGCUUAUUGUUCCUUCCUCCCAUGGUUUUAUCCAGUCAACAGAUGAUAUAGACAGCGAAUCAGUCUUGCCCCUGACAACUCUAACAGAUCCUAUCCUACAGCAUCAUGGAGACGGGUCACACAUUAUCGGCUCGUCGCUGGGCAGUCCUGAAUUGGAAGAUUCAAAGGAUGUUGAAGAUUUAGUGAGCUGUCACUGAGAAGCAGUAAUCGUGUCCAUUUUCUAUUGACCAUGUUUGCAUUGUGAAAUUAGUUACAACCCUGUGCCACAUUUCCAAAGAAAGCAGUCAGUCUGUAUCUUUAAGCAGAAACUUCCAGUUUGAAAUUACUACAGUGCACUUUCUCUGCUCAGGCUAUUUACCUCAUUUAUAAAGGGUUACCGAGCAGCCAGCGAAGCCUGAUGUACUGCGUCUCAGCCAGGGUGUUUCGGUGUUUUAAAGAACCUCCGUUGCAGUGCUCACUGCUAGGAUCCACGUGGUCAGUUCUGACCUGACUUGUUACUGGUGUGCUGAACUGCACAUCUGGAAAACUGGACAGAAGUCAAGGGUUGUGGACUGUAGCCUUUUAGUGCUGCAGCAAGAAUUAGUUUGCACAUGUUCCAUGAAGAAUGGGUGAAGAUUUCUGCACUUACUGACUCUUGUAAUACAUGGAGUAAGAGACUGUUACAUUUCAGGACGGAAUGUAUUCCAUCAAAGACUUCAGGGAGCGUGGGCAGCAUCAUGAAGAAAUGGUCUAUAUUCCCAUCUCAUCUGGCUUGUUAGUACAACUGCAGCAUAGGAAGAAGACACAGAUGCUUAUGGGACUUGCCUGGGUCUGCUUGUUCCUGAGGAGCCCGUUGCUGGCAACGGACAGAGCUCAGAAAGAUCACUUGUGGGAAAUCUGGGGUUUUUUUACUCGUUUCUUUUCCUUCUUCACUACAGCAAGCUGAAUAAAAAGGGAAAGGGCUAUAAGAAAGGGAAGCUACUGGGACCCACCAGCCUCCUCCCCCCGCAAGCUUGUAACUUCUUUGAAGAUUGUUGUGAGUAGGCUGGAACAUUUGUCUCUCUCUCAUUGUUUACAUGACACUACCAGCCACCUCUCCAGAGGUGAUUUAUGCAGCAGGUUAGUAGGUGGGGAGUGGCAUGGAGGUGGCAAAGCCUUGGAGAAGUAGCUCUGUGAGAAUUUGGGCAUAGGGCCCUGAGGCAAAGGAAGGCAAUUUAUUUCUACGCAAGGGUUUGAAACAGGACACUAGGCUGAGCAGCAGCCUGUUAGCUAGGGAUAGAGAGAAAAAGCUAUAGAAACUAAAGACUCAUGUAUAAAUUAUUUUAUUUAUUUCUGUAAUUAGCUCUUCAUAAUCAAGAGUUGGUCUUUUUCAGUCUGUGGUUUUGUUAAUGUGAAAAAUAAGUUGUAGUUUCAAAUGGUUGCCUAGGGAACAGAAAUAAUUGUAUAUUCAGUUUAAAGGAAAUAAAGAGUAUUUGUCUUA